AAUCAGGUGUAGAGAUCACCCUGCCUACGCCUCAGUCAGGUGUAGAGAUCACCCUGCCCACGCCUCAGUCAGGUGAAGAGAUCACCCUGCCCACGCCUCAGUCAGGUGUAGAGAUCACCCUGCCUACGCCUCAGUCAGGUGAAGAGAUCACCCUGCCCACGCCUCAGUCAGGUUCAGGUGUAGAGAUCACCCUGCCCACGCCUCAGUCAGGUGUAGAGAUCACCCUGCCCACGCCUCAGUCAGGUGUAGAGAUCACCCUGCCCACGCCUCAGUCAGGUGUAGAGAUCACCCUGCCCACGCCUCAGUCAGGUGUAGAGAUCACCCUGCCCACGCCUCAGUCAGGUGUAGAGAUCACCCUGCCCACGCCUCAGUCAGGUGUAGAGAUCACCCUGCCCACGCCUCAGUCAGGUGUAGAGAUCACCCUGCCCACGCCUCAGUCAGGUGUAGAGAUCACCCUGCCCACGCCUCAGUCAGGUGUAGAGAUCACCCUGCCCACGCCUCAGUCAGGUGUAGAGAUCACCCUGCCCACGCCUCAGUCAGGUGUAGAGAUCACCCUGCCCACGCCUCAGCUUAAAUUGAAGAAACUUUUGAUUGUCGUACGACUUAAGGUUGGCAAUGAUGUUGACUUUCCUUGUGUUUUUCAGUUUACAGUCACGCCGGUCUCUGAUGCAGAACAGGAGGAGCAGCAACGGUCCAACCCAACCCCGUCCAGGCCAGCCCAGUUUGAGAUAGCAGACAGUGAUGAGAAUACCGACACUCUUACGCAAAACAGCAUCACAGCUUUACUGUCAUCCAAGUUCAGGGAUAUACAGAAGAAAUUAAAACAGUAUGGUAUUGAGUCACCACGUUUCAGGAAGAGGCUUGUCUCAAAAUGGGAGAGUCUCAACUAUGACACGUGUGAGAACUAUGUGUACCUGAAGGAGCGGGACAAGUAUAAGUCUAAGAAAUCUGUGACAUUACGAUGGAUCAGCAAAUGGAUGGUGAUGUUCCUUGUGGGCAUCGGUACAGCAUUGCUAGCUGCUGCCAUCCAUGUGAUCGUGGAAAACCUUGCUCACAAGAAGUUUGAACUCAUACAAGAAUAUUUUGACCAUUGUGCCAACCACAGCUGCCUGUAUCAGCCUAUUCUGAUAUGGAUGGGCAUCAACUUAGUUAUCAGUCUAGCAGGGGCUGCCCUCGUCACAUUUAUGCAGCCAAUGGCAGCAGGGAGUGGGAUACCCUACAUCAAGUCCUACCUGAACGGUGUGAAAAUCCCAGGUCUGCUGUCCUUACGCGCAUUUGUGGCCAAAACCGUAGGAGUGGUACUCUCUAUACUUGGUGGCCUUGCAUGUGGGAAGGAGGGUCCCAUGGCUCACUCCGGAGGUAUCAUUGCUGCAGGACUGGGCAAGGGCCGCAUCAACUUUUUUGGCAGAAAGAGGUGCUCGGUAUAUGAUGGAUUCCGUGACGACCAUGAGAUACGGGAUUUUGUUGCGGGUGGGGCAGCAUCAGGGGUGUCAGCAGCAUUUGGGGCCCCAGUGGGGGGAACUCUCUUUAGCUUGGAGGAGGCAGCUAGCUUCUGGAACCAGGACCUCACUUGGAGAGUGUUCUUUGCAUCAAUGAUAGCCUGUUUUGGUACCAACUUCUUGAUCAGUGCAUUUAAUGGCCAUCCAACCAAGCUGUCGGCCCCGGGACUGGUUCGCUUUAAUGUGUUCAAGGUUGAUUUAAGUUUUGAUCUCAUAGAAAUUCCUGUUUUUAUAGUGAUGGCAGUUUUAGGGGGACUAAUAGGUGCCGCCUUUGUUGUGCUCAACUACAAAUUAACAGUAUUUAGGCAAAAAUAUAUGCGUAAGAAGUGGAUCAAGGUGUUAGAGGCAGGAGUGGUUGCCAUGGUGUCAGCAGUUGUGGGCUUCGUGUUGAUGUACACCACAAACGAAUGUACAGAUGUGAACCCCUACGAUGAUCACGCAAUCACAGCUAAGUUGCACUGUGAGGAAGGACAGUAUAACAGUAUGUCAUUGUUAUUUCUCACCACUCCAGAAGGUUGUCUCAAGGCACUUCUUCACGACCCAUUUGAUGCCCACGGCCCUGUGAGUCUCAUAGUGUUCACAAUAGUGUUCUUUUUCCUUGGGGUAUGGACGUACGGCCUCAGUGUGUCCAGCGGAGUCUUCAUCCCCUCCCUGGCCAUCGGAGCUGCGUGGGGACGACUUAUCGGGAUCGGGGUGGUGCACAUGUUCCCAGACAACACUCACCUGGUGUCUUUGAAUAAGCAAAUGGAUGUGGGGAAGUAUGCGUUGAUAGGUGCGGCCAGUCAACUAGGGGGUAUCUUACGUACGACCAUCAGCCUGACUGUGAUCAUAGUGGAGUGUACAGGAGACGUGGCAUUUGGUCUGCCCAUCAUGAUCGUGCUUAUGAUAUCCAAGUGGGUCGGGGACUUCAUAACCACGGGGCUAUAUGACAUGAAUGUAGAAGUGAGUGGAAUACCCUUGCUGCCUUGUGAACCUCCGCCCCUCUGUGAUGAUCUCCGAGCAAGUGAGGUGAUGUGCCAGCCACUCACAUCAUUCAAACCAAAAGUGAAGGUCGGCCAUGUUUUGGACAUACUUAAGGCUGAGUGUUGCUGUGGCUUCCCUGUGAUUGAUGAUGACCCAAUGUUCCCAGGCAAAGGAAAACUAAAAGGUCUUAUAUUAAGGUCACAAAUUUUAGUACUUCUGAAAAAAAAGAUAUUCAGUCCAGUAGGCACACCACAGCCAAGAAAUAUACGACUGAAAGACUUCAGAAAUUUUUAUCCAGUUUACCUCAAAGCUCAUGAAAUUGAAAUUUCAGAUGAAGAAAGAGAACACAUUAUGGACUUGCGGCCUUUCAUGAAUCCAUCACCAUAUACCAUAGAAUCGACAUUUUCACUACCACGAGUAUUCAAAUUAUUCCGUGGACUUGGACUGAGGCAUUUAAUUGUUGUAAAUGAAAAGAACCAGGCCAUUGGCAUGGUGACACGAAAAGAUUUAGCAAAAUUCCGAGCAGGUUCAAAGAGAGGUAUUGUGAAAAUUGAGCAUUUAAAGAUUGAGGACAUGUAAUCUGGACAUGGCUGUUACCUCAUCGUCUCCAUGUGUUCCUAUAUCACCCACCAUCCUAUAUACGGUGGCUGUAACCUUGUGCCAGUCAUCACGCCGAAAGAAACGCUAGCUCAUCAUCAUUCACACAUUAAUCUUAUGUUGACCGUUAUGACAUGAACAUCAGUUGUCUAGUUGUGGUGCCAAACAUCACACAGGUCACUCAUCAAUUGCAAAACUACAACAGCUAAUCGUCUUGAAGGAAUCGUCGUACAUUGCACCACGUGAUCGUUAUUUUCAGGGUUGUCCGUAAGUCCACACAAUCAGGGUCCUGAAGAGCGCCUGAUAUCCUGUCACAUCACACAUGGUUCAAUAGGGAGCUAGUCCAAGUCUUCCUUUCAUUCCACUGUAUAAAAUACCUACUAUGCACCUAAGUGUAAUGUCAGACAUGUUAUGUACACAUUUGUGCCAAAAAUAGCACACAAUGACUUUUUUGAUAACUGUGCUCUGAGGUCAUAUGUUGACAAAUGACCUGUUGGUUAAACAGUUGUCAUCUGUUUACUUUUUUAUGUUGAUUGUUGAUGUUAUCUGUCUACUGAAAACUGUUAUAAAGUGUGACCACGAGUUAUUUGUCCAGAUAAAUUGUACACAUGAGUUAUUUCUCUAGAUAAAUUGUACACAUGAUGAGUUAUUUGUCUAGAUAAAUUGUGCACGUGAGUUAUUUGUCAAGAUAAAUUGUACACAUGAGUUAUUUGUCUAGAUAAAUUGUACACAUGAGUUAUUUAUCUAGAUAAAUUGAACACAUGAGUAAUUUAUCUAGAUAAAUUGUACACAUGAGUUAUUUGUCUAGAUAAAUUGUACACGAGUUAUUUGUCUAGAUAAAUUGUACACAUGAGUUAUUUGUCUAGAUAAAUUGAACACAUGAGCUAUUUGUCUAGAUAAAUUGUGACCAUGAGUUAUGUCCAGAUACCAUUGAACACUGCUCCAAAAUUGUUUGUCUAGAAAUUUGUUUUUGUGAUUAUUAUUUAGAGAAAUUACCCUAUGGGUUAUUUAUCUAGAGGUGGGUUAAUCAUUUAUUGAGAGAGGUGUGCUCAUGGGUUAUUUAUAAAGAGAAGUGUACUCAUGGGUUAUUUAUUUAGAGAUGGGUUAUUUAUCAAGAGAAAUCUUCCCACUGGUUAUUUAUCCAAAGAAGUAUACCCAUGGCUUAUUUAUCAAGAGAUGGGUUAUUUCUCUAGAGAAAUGUCUCAUUGGACAUUUAUCUGGAGUAGUGUCUUCAUGGGUUGUUUUUCUAGACAAGUGUCUCAAGGGUUAUUUGCCGUCAUUACUAUUCACACAAGUAACUGUAAUUGUCUGUAAUAUAAAGAAAAUACCCAUCAUGGGUUACCAUAUUUAUCCAUGAGCAUACCCAUGAGUAUUUUGUUAUUACAGAGGAGCACUGUGUAUCUACAACUGUUACAACUAUUGCAUUUUUUCUAAACUCUUCACAAAGAUGUUUUAAUUAAUAAGGAAUAUUUUAUUGCCGUUGGCCUUAACAAGAGGGAUGUUGAUUAAGUUGUAAUUGGCACAUUCCUUGACAUAUCAGGGUUCUGUGUGAAAGAUGUAAUUUUAUUUGUAUUUAUUAUAAGUAUGUCAUAUUUGAUCAUUUAGUAUUAGACCUACUGCUGUGAGCAUUGUUACAUGUAUCUGCUAUAGUUUAUAGUUGUUAUCACAAGUGAUUUAUUUUUGCAUAGUUUGCGAAUGAAUAACAAUUCAGAAAUAAAAUACCUGUGAAUGUUUUGCACUUUUGAGAAGAAAUUAUGAAAAUGUUGAAUACAGAAACAUAAAUAAAAUGAUAUCUGUACAGUAUAUUGAAGUUCAUAUGAACAAAUCCCAGAUUUCUACAUUGCAUGCAAGAAUUGAUAAUAAAAUGUCUCAAUUAUCAGUGUAGUAUAUCUGUCUAUUUUGUGAAUGUCACGUUUGGAGCCACAGUUGGUUUUAACCUUAUAUGGAGUAUUGAUUCUAUACAAAUUAUGAAAUAUGGUUUUCAACUCCUCAAUAUUCAUAUUGAAGGGCUAGAACAAUAUUUCAGUUGUUUAAUUUAUAAGUUGGGUUAGUGUUGUUGCAUUGAUAGAUUUAAUGUAUUAACCUUAUUUUGACAAAAUUUCCUCCAAAUAAUCACAAAUCAUUUUUACUUGUUAUAAAAAAAAAACAUGUACCAUAAAUAGUAUGCAACUUGAAUGACUGUAAUAUACUUCUUUUUUGCUAAUUUUAGAUAUCUAAUGUCACGACACUAAUCGUCAAAAAGCUUUCCUCAUCAUACUAGGGUUUAUAUCUGGGAAUGAAAUUUCUCUAACAAAUCAAGUAGUCGUUUUAUUUUGAAGAUUUGAAUUUUUAUUCAAAAGAAUUACUCAUCGCAAAAAAAUCUUAAAAACUUUCUAAAAUGGAAUCUCCACAUUGCCAGCUUUGGUAGGUUGUAUGCCUUACUGACAGUAAUCUAUAGAAGACUUUUGGGGUAUUUUUGGAAGGUGGCCUCUGUCUUUCAGAUUUCUCAAUGAUAGUGUGGUAGGUGGGUUUCAAGAGAAUGAAGUUUCAAAGUCUUUACCCUGGGGAAGAUGAGGAAUGCGAAAGAUAGUUACUGCAUAUAGAACAACAUUCAGUGUUAUGUUAUAUGUACAUGACCAUAUGAUUACUUUAAAAAUAUAUACAAUACUUAAUUACCCAGAAAUAUCUGCUGUUACAUAUCAGAAACAUAGACACAUAUACACUGCAAAACCAAGAUAGGUGUUUACUUAUUUGUUUUCCUCCUUAAGAUUAUUGUAAUCAGUAUAUCCUCGAAUAACAAAUGUAUGCAAUUAUCCCUUAAGAAGUUCUAAAUUCUAGAAUGAAGCAAAAAAUAAAAUGACAAAUUCCUCGGCCCUGCACUAUAUCACAUGCUGUUGAUAGCCUGCUUACAGGUGCUUUGUGUGAAUUUUUGUUUUGUAUAGUGCACACUUAUAUAUAAUCGUACGUAGAAUAUAUAUGAACAAAAUUGCUAAUAUCGGACGGAAAUGACAGUGUUAGAUAAUAUAUAACUGUACAUUAGAUAUCAGUAAAUGCCGUUAGUAUAACUGUGAUAAAGUUUGGUUGUUUGACAGGGUUAUGUUUGAUUUAAUGUUAUUUUAUAUAAAGGAAUAGCCUUGAGUUGUUGGCCGAGUGUGUGUUACAGGGAUGAUGGUUUUACGUUUAUUUCAUUUUUGAGUCUACAUUUUUAACACAUAAGUUUUGACAAGCGUUAGAUGUUACACUUGUCCAAAGUUUUAUUCUAGAGAUGCUGAAAGUUCAAUGUGGCUUUCUGAAUUAAUGCAUAAGCCUGUCUGUAGCCUGCCUUGAUUUUUCUGUACAAAUUAUUUUGAACUUCACCUAACCUUUUUCUUCAUCACUAUGGAAACUGAUUAUACUGGUAAAAGAUUGUUUCCCAAUUUUUCAGACUGUGAAUAAUACAAACAACUGAUUUUUAUAAUUACCAGGUAGUGUAUUUGAAAUAAAUUGUUGAGUUGUCCCAGGAACUCGAUCUAAUACUAAUCUCAUUAUGGUAAAAAAUCCUCAUAAAAAUACGCAGAAAUGGAAAAACGGAAAACUUAUUUGCUUAGGUUAACCUCUGAAUGGAAAUGUAAUGAUUUUAGAUGAUAAACAUGUUGCAUUUAUUUUUCAUCUACCCUCUGGUCACUACAUUUGUAAAUUUAAAAGUAAACGAGUGAUAUGUGUUAUUUAAUUUCACAAACCAUGACUGUGUGAUUUAUUAAUUGGUGUUAUGAUUUAUAUCUUGUGUGUGUACUUUGAAUGUAUUUGUGAUGACAACUGACAGAUUAGAAGGUAACCUCCAUACAUUCAACAGAUCUAUUUAGUUAUUGCGAUUAGUCGGUAAAAUGUACUUUCUCAUCUCAUGGACCUGCCACUUGCCUUAUUUGAACUAAAAAGUAACACGAUUGGAUUCAUUUAACGACUUGCCAUCCAAUGGUAUUUGUUCUUUAGUACAGCAUCAAUAACGGUGCACAUGUUGUCGGACUACAAUUUAUGUUCCCCAAAUUCUGAAGUGGUUGCCUUGUGGUGAUCAUUUUUCCUUCUUCUUCUUCUUACAUUUCCAAGUUAAUGAAAGGGUGAAUGAAAUGGAGGCACAAUAGUAAUAAAAUACAAGACUAUCACACUGUCUCGCAUAUCUUCAAAAUUCUUAUUGUGUUCAAUUUUUCGAUUAUUUGCAACAGGUUGUUCUGUUUAUUGAUCUCCAUUUGCCAAAGGAGGGUCAAGGCCACGAUGGGUGCCAACAGAUCGUCUAGAAUUUGUGGGGUUUACUUUGUAAAUAUUUGUUUGUUAACUAGGUGUGUAACAUUACUGUUUUGACAACGAAUAUAGAUAUACAAAUCGUAGAGCAAUGUUAAUGCUCGCCUUAGCUUCUUAUGACCGUCUUGUGGUAAGUAAACAGGAACGUGCCAGAUCUAAUCCUUUCUUGCUUCAGAUCGCUUACCUUUAUUUGCUAAAGAGUUUGCUUACCAUUGGCAUUGAAAUGCUGUAGUCAAGUAUAUUUUGCAUAUAAAUUUUGUUGUAUAUAUUUUGGCGAUCCCCUGCUUUCAUGUUCUUUACCGGUGAUAAGCCCCUGCUAAGUAACUACCAGCAUUUUGCCCAUCUCCUUGUUAGAUAAAUUUAGCAGGUGAUGGUCACAUCUGGAAAUAUGCUCUUUCUGUGUUGAGGAUCAAAUUUGGGAACACACCCCUCUCUCCCAGAACAAUGCGUUUGAGCUUUUCAGGCAAAAAGUGAAGUAGUUUACCAACACUAGUCAGCUUCACUGGCAAACCUGUAUCAAUUAUUGGAGCCGAGGACUUGUAUCAUGUUAUUUAACAUUUUUUUAGGUCACCUGAGCUUUGCUCAAGGUUUUAACAUUUUCAACCUCUCAAGAA